AUGUCUGCCAAAAAAAUCGAGCAAUGGAAGAUCGAGCGCUACUGGGAAAUCUUUGCCUCGCUAUCAAACGGUCAUCAGCACCUAAACAGCUCACAAGCCGCUUCCGUGCUGCGCAACAGUCGACUCCGUGAUGAUCAACUUGAGAAGGUCUGGGACAUUGCGGAUGUCGACGGCGAUGGCGAGCUUGAUUUCGAAGAAUUCUGCGUCGCCAUGCGCUUGGUAUUCGAUCUCGUCAAUGGCAUCGGGGGCCUGACGUGGCGGAACAUAGGAACUACAAGACGUUCCGGCCGUCUUGCCAGACUGGCUGGUCCCCGAAUCAAAGUCACAUCUCGUUCACGCGACGCGCGCAUUGAGCGGGGGUUCGAGAAAUUCGAGCGGAUAGAAGAUGAGGACGAUAGCCUCGGACUGAAGGACGGCUUCGAUUGGUACAUGAAGCCCGCCGAUAAGUCCAAGUACGAAGAAAUCUAUAGCUCUAGCCGCGACCAUCGUGGCCAGAUUACCUUCCAAUCCCUACAACCCCUCUACGACUCCCUCGACGUUCCCGACACCGACAUCAGCUCCGCAUGGAACCUGGUUAACCCCUCUGCCGGCCAGGCUAUCAACAAGGACGCCACGCUUGCAUUCCUGCACAUCCUCAACUACCGCCACGAAGGCUUCCGCAUCCCGCGCACCAUCCCUGCAUCGCUACGUUCCUCAUUCGAGAGUAAUAAGAUCGAUUACCAAAUUGAUAACGCACCCGCACAGCGCUACGGUGCCGAUGGAAAUCAAGAGACACGGACUGGCCGCAAGGCCAAGUUUGGCGAUACAUAUCUGAGCCGCCUGGGGGUUGGCGGCAAAGGCUCAUAUCAGCCCAAAGGAACUGAUUUCGGCGAAACAAUCCAAGAUGAAGAAUGGGAGAAGGUUCGUCUGCGCCGGGAGCUGGUAGAGAUUGAGGCAAAGCUUCAUUCUGCAAGAGAGGCUUCGGAGAACCGGCGGGAUAGACCACGCAACGAUGGUCGUCCGAACUGGGUUCUCAUUAAGAAGGAGACGCUGCAGUUGUUGGAAUAUAAGGAGCGGGAACUUCGUGAAUUGCGCGAAGGUGUGGGUCGUUCGAAGGAUGGACAAGACCUGGAGCGCGCGAGGGAGGACGUUAAGACCGUGGGCGAUCAAGUUGAGGGGUUGAAGAGUCAUCUAGCCCAGCGCAAGGGUGUUCUUGCGGACUUGCGUGCAGAAAUUGAAGAGGGACGGGCUCGACGGUGA